AUGGCUGCAAGCCCGACUCAGGCUACAACCGUCGAGCGGCCACUCGCGGAUACCUAUGUUCAGUCCUGCCAGUCAACGAAUUAUGGUACCCAGCAGGUUUUGGUCAACAAGCGCUACUCCGACGGCUGGUGCGGCACUCGAUACUCGUUCCUGCAAUUCAGCGUUCCUUGCGAUGCUCAGGAUGCAACGCUCCUGCUGUGGCCGACUGACUAUGCUGCUGGUACCUUUCCAAAGGUGGCCGUCUUCACGGUGCAGAACGCGUGGUCGGAAAGCACCACUAUUUGGUCCAACCACCCUGGCUGGCAGGAGCAGGUUUGCGAUUAUCAGGCAUACCCAGGCCCAGUCGGGCAGGCGUUCGCAUGCACCGUUCCACAGGCGAAACUCGCCGGUAAGAACACCAUCUCGUUUGCGUUGGUUGCAGAAUGGAUGUGGGCGGGGGGGGCAGUAGUUCUUGGUCUCGCGAAGCCCUCGACGAGAGCACCAGACCGUCGCUGGUGUUCCAGUGUCCUACUGCAGCACCCACGACGGCCCCGACGAGCAGCCCGACCUCGUCCCCGACGCCCAGUCCGACGAGCAGCCCGACAAGCAGCCCGACCUCCAGUCCGACCGCGUCCCCGACGUCCAGUCCGACGAGCAGCCCGACCUCCAUCCGACCUCGUCCCCGACGUCCAGUCCGACGCCUUCGCCGACUGCGGCCCCGACGAGCAGUCCGACGAGCAGCCCGACCUCCAGUCCGACCGCGUCCCCAACGUCCAGUCCGACGAGCAGCCCGACCUCCAGUCCGACCUCGUCCCCGACGUCCAGUCCGACGCCUUCGCCGACUGCGGCCCCGACGAGCACCCGACCUCUAGUCCAACCGCGUCCCCGGGCCCGACGUCAAGUCCGACGAGCAGCCCGACCUCCAGUCCGUCCUCGUCUUUCCCAGGGACGGUGGCGACGAGUUCGGCCGUUGGCGAUCCCCAUAUGAAGAAUGUAUACGGCGAGCGUUUUGAUUUGAUGGCGCCAGGCAACCAUGUUCUUAUCAACAUCCCUCGUGGAGAGCGCGCUGAAAAAGCAUUGCUUCGCGUGCAGGCCGAUGCACGCCGAUUGGGUAAACAGUGCACGGAUCUAUAUUUCCAAGAUUUGAACGUGACCGGAUCUUGGGCAGAGGCAGAACAAGUCGGAGGUUUUCAUUACAGCGCAUCGCAGAGCGAGGUUGAGGUUCCUAAGUGGGUUAUUUUUGGUAAGAUAGAGCUGAAGGUCGUUCGCGGGCAUACGGACGGCGGCACGUCGUACUUGAACGUGUACGUCAAGCAUUUAGGCCGAGCUGGGUUUGCUGUCGGAGGUCUUCUAGGCGAGGACGACCACAGCAACGCGAGCACGCCAGAGGCUGGGUGCGUGGAACUUGUGAAUCUACAGGAUCUGCAAACGCUUCGGACUGGCAGUGGCUACCGACCGGUCUCGACUGCAGAGGCAACAUACGCUUAA